AUGCAACUUCUAGUUUGUCUAUAUAUUCUUAGUCUAUAUUCUAUACAAUUGAAUCAUGCAAAAUUAUCUCAUAAUUGUCGAUUUGUUCGAUCAUUUUAUCAAAUACAUUCAAAUAUAUUUAAACUUGAUAGAAAUCAAACAUCAUUAAUUGUUCAACCAUUAUAUGCAUUAUCAAAUCAAUCAUUUUCAUCACUUUCAAUUGGUAUUAUUUAUCGUCUAGCAGAUACUUAUCUAGUACCUAUACCUCUUAUUUUUGAAUGUUUACAAAGUGAACGUAUUUAUUCACCCAUCGAUUGUGAAUUUACUAUUGUCGAUAUUCGUUCAAAUUUAUCAAUACGAACAAGUGAAUCAACACGUAUAACAACAGUACCACUUCGUUUUCGAGAAUAUUCUUCAUCAACAUUUAUUUCAAUACGUGGUGCUUAUUUUAAACAAUCAAUUAUUUCAUUACAAAAUUGUCGUUUAGAUACAAAAGAAAAUCUAUUUACAUCAGAAAUAUUUCAUAUUCAUAUUGAAUUUGAACAAAUAAUUAAUUCAACAUGUCAACAAACAUGUAUUCAUCCUGAAUUAUAUGAAUGUUCAUCAUUAUCAAAUACAUGUCAAUGUCGUUCAUAUCAAAAUGGCAUAGAAAAAUUUAAACAUUUUUGUAUUGAUACAGAACUUGGUUCGAAUUGUUCAAUAACACCAGAACGUUGUCAUCGUAUAUGUCGUAUAUCUGAUCAAAUUCAUACUGGUAAAAUUGAUCUCAAUUGUCAAUGUCCAUUAGGUACACAACGUAUACUUUCAAAAACUAAUAUGUAUAUUUGUGAAUUAUCUCAAUGUAUUAAUGAAAAAUCAGUAGAAACUUGUCCACAUGGUUAUACAUGUCAACAAAAACGAUGUAUACAAACAUCAAUUUUCGUUCGUUUAAAUGAAUCAAUAUUAUCAUUACCAUUUAUAUUUAUUGGUUUACUUAUUAGUGCUUUAUUAAUUAUAAUUAUACUUAUUAUUAGUAUAAUAAAAAUGCGUUCAUAUACAGAUUUACAACCUGUACCAAUAUCAGAUCACAAUUUGAGUGUAUUCGAUGAAUUGUCACAUCAAUGUAAUGCUGUUCUAUAUAGAUCAAAUAGAGAACAAAAAAAUUCAUCAUUAACAAUAGGUAUUAAUAAUUUUCAUUCAUCUUAUCUAAUAUCAGCUAUAAUAAUGAAUGAUUAUGAAAAACGUUUUCAACGUUCAAUACAAAAAUUAACUAUACCAUCAUGGUUUACAGAUACUAGACCAUCAUUAAAUAAAAUUAAUAAUAGUAAACAAUCAAUUAAUUCAACUACAACACCUAUACAAUGGAAAACAUCUUAUAAAGAAUUUCAACGAACGCCUGAAAUAUUUUAUGUACGUAUUCCACAUAGUUAUCGUUCAUGUCAAUCAUCAAUAGCAACAUCACCAUCACCAUCAAUACAUUCUUGGCAUCCAAAUUUUUUAUUAGAUAGUUCUCGACGACAAAAAAAAUAUGAAAAAGGUAUUGAACGUGUAUCAAAAUCUAGUCGAUGGUAUCAACCAACUCAAUUUAUUUCUAAUGAAAUAACAGAUGUUCAAACAGGUAAUAUAAAAGUAUCAACAUCAACCAAAUACAAACAACAAUCGUCUAAAAACAAUCAUUAUGAUACACCAAAAAUUCACUGUAAUGAUGAAGGUUUAAUAUUAAUAUCAAAUCUUUUGGUAACUAAUGGUGAUAUUGAAAAAAACAUCAUCACGGAGCAAACUAAGAACAUGAUUACCAAUGAAAAGCAACAAGACAAUCAUAUUAAAUCAAAUGAAUCUCAAAUAAUGCCAUUGGCAAUUACAAAAGAACCCUCCAGUGGUAUUGAAUUAGAAGUAGUAACUAAUGAAGAACAUGACAAUCGAUCAUUACCAAUGAAAAAUAACGAUCUUAUACCACCAAUAACAAAUUUAUCAUUAUCUAUUGAAAAAUCUGAUGAUAAUGAAUUAUUUGAACGUGUUGCAAAUAAUUUAGUUGAAUCAGUUCUUACUGAUGUCUUACAUUUACAUAGCCUUGAACAUGAUGAUGAUAAAAAUAGUGGUGUAAGAGAAUUAUCAGAAGAUGAAAAUGGUCUCAGAGAAUUAGAUGAAAAUGAUAUGAAUGAUAUGGAUGAAUUUAUUGUUUUUGGAACAAAUGCAGAAAUAUCGGACGAUGAAUAUUCAUCAAAUAUUCCACGAUAUAGUCUUAAUAAAUUAUAUACAUUUUCAAGAACACAUCAUAAUGGUAUUGAUAAUUCAAAACAAACAACUUCAAAUCAGAAUGGAUCAACAUCAACACUUGAGAAAGAUUUUAUAGUAACUAAUUCUCAAUUGUAUUCAAAUACAGAACAAUCGUUUGAUCAAUUUUUUCCUUCAUCUCCUAUUUGUCAAUCUCAUAUUGAACAGCAACAAAAUACUAUAGACCAUUAUAUUGAUGUAACAGUAUAUCCUGAAUAUAGUCAUUUAGCGAAAUAUCAAUCAUCUGAAGGUGUUAAUGAAGAAACAGCAAGAAUUGGACGACUUCUACUCGAUAGUAUACCGACGUCUUUCAUUGACGAUGUUCAUAAUCUUUCACAAACUCUGAUACCUAUUCAAUCAACAUUAGAAAAAACUCAAAUUGUCAUAUCAGGUCGAAAUAACAUUUAUGAUUCUCCAAGGAAAGACUGUCCUCAUGCUCAACAAAGAAUCAUCGAAGAAUAUGAUGAAGAAUUAAAUGAUGAAGUCCAUCGUGAUUCAGCUUAUUCCAGUAAUCAAGAACGAAUUAAUAUGCAACAAUUAUUUUAUGAACAAUUAUCAGAAUGCUAUUCAGGAUAUUCAUUUAUUCAAAGUGAUUUUUUAACUCCAAAUAUUUCAUCAUUACAAUCAACAACAGAUGAAGCAUAUGAAUCUGAACCAACAACAAUGAGUUCAUCAAUAGGCGUAACAACUUAUGUUCAUCCUGAUCUUGAACAUGAAUUUGAAUAUCCAUCACCACCACCACCUAUACCUGAUCGACGUCUUAAACCAGAUUAUUUAAAAUCAUCAACAAUCCAAUCUCGUUUAAUUAAACAAGAUAAUAUUGAUUCAGCUGAAUAUAGUAUUAUUCAAAAACCUAAAUCAGAACCAUUAACAUCUAUUCCACAAAUAACUGUUUCAACAUCAAAUAAUUCAAAUUUAUCUUCAACACGUACUAUGAGUAGUCGACAUUAUUGUGGUUCAAUACCUAGAUCAGAUAAAUUAAUUCAAUCAUGUAUAGAUUCAAUAAAAAUGAAAACAAAAGACGAUAACAAUGAAAAAAAUAAAGAUAAACGAAAUACUCGAGUACUUAAUUGUUUACAUUCAUCAACAACUGAUGAUGAUAAUAAUAAUAAUCAUAAUAAACGAAAUAUAAUUACAAAAUCACCAUCAUCAUCAUUGAAUAAAAUGAAAAUAAAAAAACAAAAAUUAAUUACAGAUUUUGAUGAAGCAACUAAUGGUUUAGCUAUACGUUUACCAGCUCCAAUAGAUAAUUCAUAUGAUUUAACUAAUAAACAAAAUCAUAAUAGAAUAUCAACACCAUUAACAAAGAAACGAAUCAAUGGAAUAAUAAAAGAUCAACAUCUAACAGAAAAUAUUAAACCAGAGAGAUCAUUAUUUUAUGAAACAUCAGUCUAG